AAAGCAAAUCAAGAGAAUUACGUCCAAGUGAAAGAUUUUCAUUUUUAAUUCACUGGAACUAUAAUUUAUCAGUAAAAAAUAGUUUUAAUAAUAAUGAAAUAAUUUAAGUGAUCCACUCCACAAGAUGCUCAACAGGAAUUCAGUUUUCACACGUCUUACGGAAAGUUUCACAACGCCUUCAUCAAGUCACAAUAAUGCACAAGAAGUGCAAAAAACACCUCAAGAAGCAACAACAUCUGAACAAAGUACACCAAUAAGAAAUAUUAAUAAUGAAGAACUCAAGGGCAAAGUGGAAACAAAGAUAAUUUCACUUUGGCACAAUAUGAAAUACGGAUGGAGUGGAAAAAUGCGAUCAAGUUUCAGUAAAGAAUCAGCUAUAUGGUUUCUUGGACGUUGUUAUCAUCGUAAAAUGACACCUUGCCCUUCAAUGGAAGCUUCUGUUGAAAUAACAAACACAAAUUUAACGAAUACAGAAAAUCGUCUCAUGACACUUUCAAUGCACGAAGAACAACCCACAAGUUCAGAAUCCUAUUUCAAUAUUCAAACACCUACAAGCGAUAAUGGUGAAAUUGAUCGUGCCAUUGAACCAGCUGAAGAAACAGGCCAAGAUGUCAUCGGAAAUUAUGAAGAUGGAAUUGAUGGAUUCAAGAAAGAUUUCAUUUCAAGAAUUUGGAUGACAUAUCGAAAAGAUUUUGCCAUGAUGCAAGUUGAACCAUCAAAUGCAUCAAAUGGUUACACUUCAGAUUGUGGCUGGGGUUGUAUGAUUCGAUCUGGACAAAUGAUGCUUGCACAAGCACUUGUAAUGCACUUCUUGAGUCGAAGUUGGAGAUACGAUCCCGAAUCUCAAAUCUUUGCAACCGCCGAAGAUCAUAUUCAUCGAAAAAUUAUCAGAUGGUUUGGUGAUCAAGUGUCAAAAAACAGUCCAUUCUCCAUUCAUGCAAUGGUUGAGUUGGGUAAAGCAAGUGGAAAGAAAGUUGGUGAAUGGUAUGGACCUGGAGCUGUUGCACAUCUUUUGAAGCAAGCAGUGAAACAAUCAUCUAAAGAAAAUCUUGAUUUAACAUCCCUCCAUGUUUAUGUCGCUCAAGAUUGUACAAUUUAUAAUCAAGACAUCUUCGACGAGUGUUACUCACAAGAGAACCAAUCAGUGCCAUGGCAGCAACAACAAAAGCCCCUUCAACCAUCUCCAACUCAUAUUCGUCGUGAAAUUAUAACAUGGAAAGCGUUAAUUUUGUUGAUUCCACUUCGAUUAGGUCAUGAGAAGUUGAAUCCUAUUUAUGGCGAUUGUCUGAAAGCCAUGUUGAGCCUUGAAUGGUGUAUUGGAAUCAUCGGAGGUCGACCAAAGCAUUCGCUAUUUUUCGUUGGUUAUCAAGACGACAAAUUAAUUCAUCUUGAUCCUCAUUAUUGUCAAGAUAUGGUUAAUGUUAACAUUGAGAAUUUUUCCUUAUCAAGCUUCCAUUGCAAAUCACCUCGUAAGAUGAAAAUUUCUAAAAUGGAUCCAAGUUGUUGUUUGGGUUUUUACAUCUCGUCGAGGAAUGACUACGAUAGAUUUCAAAGUAGUGUUCAACCGUAUCUUUUACCAAUUAAAAAUUAUGCCGACCGCCUCAACAAUCAACAACAAAAUUGCAUCGUACCGCAAAAAAGCUACGGACUUGAAUAUAAUUAUCCGAUGUUUGUCUUCAGUGCUGGUCGAGUUCGAGAUCAAAGCAUGGAUCUCUUUACUGUGAGAAAUAAUUUCCCUUCACCUGGUUCAAGAAGUCGACAACUGAGUGAUGAUGACGAUGACGAUGGAAUUGAAGAUUUUGUUAUUGUUUGAAUUCAUUUUAUUAUUUUCGGCAUUCCCCUUAAUAAAUGAUAAAUUAUUUAGGUAUGUAUAAAUCCAACCGGAUCAUGGAACCAUAAAGUGAGAUAAUUAAAUGACAAAAAUGAAAAGACUUUAGUUUAUUAUUUUUAAUUUGGAUAAUUUUUCUUCCAUAGUAUUCUUGCAUCUAAUUAGUCAAUAUUUAGUUAUGUUACUCAAAACAUGUUUGGUUAAAUAAAUUAAAAUGAUCGAUUUCAUUAACUU